GCGCUGGGAGCAGCCUGGCAGGAGGAUGCUGGGUGCUCCUGUCCCUGCAGACUAUCGGGGAAGGGGGGGAUCCCUGCUGGAUCCCGGCCCUGGUGGGAUCCCACCCGGGAUCUACCCUGGAGGGACCUGCCAAGGAGGAUCCCAACUGGGAUCUACCCCAGGGGGACCUGCCCUAGGGUGAUCCCACCUGGGAUCUGCCUUGGAGGGACCCACUGAGUGGGAUCCCGCCCGGGAUCUACCCUGGAGGGACCCGCCAAGGAGGAUCCCACCUGGGAUCUACCUCCGAGGGACCCACCGUGUGGGAUCGCAUCCGGGAUCUACCCCGGAGCAACCUGCCCCGAUGGGAUUCCACCUGGGAUCUAUCCUGGAGGGACUCGCCCUGGUGGAAUCCCACUGGGGAUCUACCCUGGAGGGACCCACCAUGUUGGGAUCCCACCUGGGAUCUACCCCAGAGGGACCCACCAAGUGGCUGGGCUGGUGGCUUGGAGGCACCUUGCUGGCUUCCCUGGGCUACCUCCCUUCCCCGCCGAGUUUGGGGGGGAUACCUGUGGGAUCCACUGCUCAGCGGAUCCCCUGCUGACCACCGCCAUCUCUCCCACAGGCUCCUCUCCCCUGUGGCGACCGGGGGCUACCGGCGGCAGCUGAGGGCUGGCUACCACACCUGGGAGAGCUGUUGCCGCGCCGGGAGCCGGCCAGCCGGGAAGCCAUGCUGCGGAUGCUGGACGCCGGGCUGGAGCGAUGCCUGGCGCUGCAUUCGGCGUACAUCCCCGUGCCCCGGCACAGGAAGCUCUCGGGCAAGGCGGGCAUCGACGAGGUGAUGGCGGCCACGGUGCUCACCAGCCUCUCCACCAGCCCGCUGGUGCUCGGUCACCCGCCGGCCACCCCCGCCCCAGAGCCCGGCGGUGAGGUCUGGAAGGAGGUGCCCGCCAUGUCCUCCAGCUGCAGCAGCAGCAGCAACACCAGCGGGGACUGGAGCUGGGACCCCCCCAGCGACCGCUCCACCCCCUCCACCCCGUCGCCCCCGCUCUCCAGCCACGUCCCCAGCACCUUCCUGCCCGCCCCGCUGCCGGACGAGGGCCCCGACGAGCCCGACGGCACCCACUUCGUCUUUGGAGAGCCCAUCCCGCGGAAGAGGAAGAACUCCACCAAGGUGAUGUUCAAGUGCUUGUGGAAGAGCUGCGGCAAAGUCCUCAGCAGCUCCUCAGGGAUGCAGAAGCACAUCCGAACUGUGCACCUUGGCCGGAAAGCCGACCUCGAGCAGAGCGACGGCGAGGAGGACUUCUACUACACGGAGCUGGACGUGGACGUGGACUCACUGACGGACGGGCUCUCCAGCCUGACGCCCGUCUCGCCCACCUCCUCGGUGCCACCCGCCUUCCCCGGCCCCGAGGCGCAGGGUCCGGUGCCGCCGCCGCUGCCGAUCCCCGACCUGGCGCUGGCCUCCCCCCGCAGCCCCCCGGCCCCCCCCGGCCUCUGCCACGUCCACACCGACCACGCGUACCAGGGCUGCCCGGCCCCCCCGCGCCCACCGGUGCCCGCCGCCGUGCCUGCCCCGCCACCGCCCAAGCCACCCGCCGUCCCCAGGAGGCCGCGGGGGGAGGCCAAGAAGUGCCGCAAGGUGUACGGCAUGGAGAACCGGGAGAUGUGGUGCACGGCGUGCCGCUGGAAGAAGGCCUGCCAGCGCUUCCUCGACUGACGCCGCCGCCGUGGUGGCCCUCCCUCCUUCUUGCACAUUUUGCACUCGAGGUGCCUUUCGCGCCCCCCUUCCCCCACCUCUUGACCCUCGCCGCCGACCCGGGGCCCCCCCGGACUCAGGGAACGGCCCCCCCGCCCCCCCCGAAAGCUUUAUGCACACACAACCCCCCCUGCCACGGAGCUUGUUCCCCCACCUUUUUCGUCCUUUGAAAAUAAGCUAAAUCUGCCCCCCAACACCUUGCCAGCACCGUGGCGGGGGGCAGCCGGCUGCUCUGGUCCCCCCCCCAUCCCCAUGCUGGGUUGGGGACCCCCCCCGCCGGGGGCCGGGGGCUGCCCGUGGCUCCCAUAAGCUGUGCCUGCGGCCGGCGGGGGCUGGGGAAAGGGGGUGUCCGUUCCUGCCCCCCGCCUGCUCCCGGGGGAGCACCCCCAGUGCCCAGGGCAGAGGUGGGCGCCUGCCCCCCACCCCACCCCCCCCCCCGCCCCUUUUAUACCCCCCCCGAGGGGGUUUUUACUCUUUGUAUCGUCGUUUCUCUCUAUUUUUCGUAUCGGGGCGAUGCUCCGGGAAGUGCCUGCAGGAACGCGCCCAUUUGCACUAAGCCAAACUGCACAAAGAGGUGUCUUUUUUUUUUUUUUUUUUGUUGUUGUUGUUGUUUUUUCUUUUUUUGGGGUUUUUUUUUUUUUUGUUUUCCCCUCUCUCCUUUUUUUUCUUCGUGUGUUUUUUUUUAUUUUUUAAAUAAAAUAUAUGAAAAUUCGUAUUUUUAAAUACUCCCUUCCCAGGGCAUGAGAGCGCGCUGGCUGCGGCAGCCAGAUGCCUCCAGCCCCGGGGGGGGUUUUAAGGGGCUUUAUUCCCUUCAAACCCCUUUUACCCCCUCCCAAACCCCUUUUCUUUUUUCCCAAAAAAAACCUUCCCUCCCCCCCCUUCUCCACCUCAUCCCAUCAUUCGCCUGCCCAGGUCUGGUUUAGCCUGGUACACCCCCCCCCCCCCAUACAAGGAUGGGUGGAUGGGGACGGGGACGGUGGGUAGCACUGCCACCCUGCCCCGCACCCGGGGCUGCGCCAGGGCAGGUGUUUUCCACCCUCCCCUUGCCGGGGGCUGGGGGGGUGUCCCUUUGCAUCAAGGACCCCCCCCCCCCCUUUGCAGGGUUGUCCCCCCCCCCCAAUCACAGGGGGUCAGAGGGCUUAGGCCCCAUGGGCCAAGGCCGGUGCUGUGCCCCCCUCCUUGUCCCCGACGCGGCGCCGACCUGAUGUGUCAGAUCCAGAAGAAAA